UUGUUUGUGUGUGAAUGUGUAUGUCGAUGCCGCACUGCAGUUUACGGUUAAGCGAUAGGUACAGUACUCUACUACUCUGCACACGACCUUAUUCUCUCCCUCUUAAACACAUAUACACAGACAUAUAUCGAAGGGCAUCGAGCCAACCGAAGAUACAGGUAUAGGAAGAGCGAGUAAAGAGCGCCCCAAAUUCCAAGGACGUCAUUAAUUACCACUCAGGAUAUUCGUCAUGUGUUCGCUUAUAUAAGUAGUGUAAUUGAUCGCGAACUGGUAACACGAUGCACCUCGUUAUGCUAUUAUAAUGAUGAAAGAUUUCAAAAUAACAAAUUCGUACGAUUUAUUAUCGGUGCCUUCUGUAGUUUACGUCGAGUUUUGUGUAGUCACGCGUGAGGGGGGUUUAGCAGCAAUGGUUUAAUCAAUCGUAAAUGUUCGAUUUUUGUUUAAAAAAUCGUUGGCAAAGCGCUGAUUGCAGGAAGACGAAGCACGAUAAUGGACCACGUACGCUAAGUAGAGGAUGGGUUAUGCAGAUGAUGGUACCAAUAGGGGGGGAGUAAUUAGCUCAAACUAACUCUGGAUCAUCUUGUUAAAUAUCUCGGGCGUAAAGAGAUAAGUAUAAGCGUGAAGUUUCGUUGCCGUCGACGUUGCUCUCCAGCAUUUAAAGAGAGAUCUCCAGAAGCGCAUGGGAUUUGCCACUUUCCCAAUAAGGAUGUGGUACUUCGUUACUUUAAACUGAACCAUGGCCAGAAGGAAUCGAUAGGAAUGGUGGCAGGGACCACGCAUCAAGCGGGAUAGGCGUGUAGAGCGUCAAACCAAUCCCACCUUCGAGUUCCGCAGAUCCAUUCUGGUUGGUCUGCAGACUCGCAGCAGAGUUGGGAAGACAAGAUGGCGGACGGGCGCUCAUCCGUGCCAGCAAUCGUCCAACUUCUGUCCCUCGGUUACGAUUGUUUUCGACUUUGUUACCAAGAGUUAAACGGAAACGUUUGUUAAAUGUCGGAUUCUUACCUCUUUCCGUCGGACGGCCGUCGAAAGAAUAAAGUAAAACUUCUCAAACAUCUGUGGCUCAAAUAUUUAAUUUGAAGAAAUUGAAGCACUUGGUAGAUACAUUUUACUGUUAGCAUUCAUUUUUGUGUAAACAACCACUUUCUUAAUUAUUGUUCUGAAUGUUUGCGAUGCCUGGUUCGUUUUCCUGUGAACUAUGUGGCUAUAUAGCUGGAAGUCAUCGAAUGCUUGCGAGACAUCGUGCCACCACGCAUGAGACCAAAGUGUUUCGUUGUUCUGAGUGUCCAUUUGUUACAAGGUAUCGUACCAAUUUAUAUCGACACAGAAGGGAGAUACACGGUUUAAACAAGGUCAAUGCUUGUGCAUUCUGUGGGUUUUUUGCUACGACAACUGAUGAUUUGAGAAUCCAUAGACAGACUUGUCCUGCCGGAGGUCUUCAGGACAUUCAGUCACAGCCUCUCUUUCCAAGUGAAAUUCCUCAAUACGAAAUUUUUCCUAAUGAUUAUGUACAAUUUGGGACAGUUCCUACUUUUAAAGAACCUUUUCCUGUUCUGCCACAACCAGCUGUGAGUUGUAACGAAUAUAAUCCAUUUAAUCAAGCUCCAAUAUUUAACGAACCAUAUAAUUUUAUUCCUCCAACUCAACCUAUUUCAAACAAAGUUCCAUAUAAUGAAAUUGAAGGUACACCUGAUAUGUUUGUUUUACCACCUACUAUUUCUCAAAUACCAAUAACUAAAGAAAAGAUUGUUACGGAAACUCCAAAAUCACCUGAUACAACAAACAUUAAUGAUUUAUCAAAAAGACUUGAACCAAAUAAAAUGAAUGAAAUGGCAAAGAAGCUUGAACCAGCUAAAGUAAGACGUAGUUACAUUUGUGAACCUUGUGAUCUCAAAACAACAAAUCCUCGAGAAUAUUUGGCUCACCGCAGAGAUGUUCAUAAAGAAAAAAUUACAAUAUAUGAAUGUAAAUACUGUAUCUAUGCUUCAAAAAAUCCUCAGAAACUUCAAAGACAUUAUGGUCUUGUUCAUAGACAAAUAUCAUCAAUUAAAAGAGCUUAUAACUCUAUAAAAGGUAAAACACAAGUUGCUAAAAAGAGUUGUGUAUCACAAAAGAAAAAUAAAAUAAUUGUUAAGCCAGAAAUAAGAAAAGAAAAACAGAGAAGUGAUGAAGUAGCAUUAGAACCAACAAUUCCAUCUGAAGAUACAUCGCAAAAACUUCCAUCACCAUCAUCAUCAGGUAAUGCAUAUAAUGAAGUAGAGAAAGAUUGUUUACAAAAACCAAUUCAACAAAAAUUUAAGUGUUCUGCUUGCCACUUUCAUACAAAAAGCAAGCUAGUAUUAUUACAUCAUGAGAAAACUAAACACCUCAAAAAGAAAUUUUAUCGUUGUUUGCAGUGUGUUUACGUAACUCACGUGAAAUCUCGAUAUACAAAACAUGUAAGAUAUCAUUCACUUUCAAAAAUUAAAUGUCCUCAUUGUGAUUUUAAAACUGCAUACAAAUGGAAUUUAGACAGACACAUGAAAAAUCAUAUUAGUGAAGGAAGUUAUAGAUGUCCAAAAUGUUGUUUUUCUGCUCAUAGCAAGCAGUCACUUACAAUUCAUAUUGUUAACCAUCAUAGUGAAUCUAUUAAUUCUGUAAAUGAUCUUAUGAUAAUUGGUGAUAAUAGUGAUGAUGAGAAGAACAUGACAGAAACAAAUUCGUAUAAUGAUCUAACCUGCACAAGUGAGAGGAUAGUUGAAAAUGAAAAUAUUGAAGCUGAAAGAAGUACUGAAUCAAGAAGUAUUCAUAUCUCUAGAAAUAAUGGGAACAAAACAAUGAAUUCAGAUUUAGUCAAUGAUCCAUAUCUAAAAACACCUCUCAUUGAAAAUGCCCCUAUUGUUGCAAAACCAAAAAUGCAAAAAGCUGUAAAAUCAGGUGGUGGCUCUUCUAGAAGAAUGAUGGAACAUUCAGAAAAGAAAUAUUCUUGUCCAUUAUGUGAGGUCACUUUUGAUCAUCUUGCUUGGCUGGCUAGACAUUUGAAUCGCAGACAUAAUAAUGAACAAGCAAAAGACAUAACUGCCAUUGUUCAAAUGCUAGCAGCUAAAAGCAAACCUGGUGCAGUUUCGAAAUUAAAGAAUAAAAAAAAUGGAAAGAAACCACAUCGUGCAACACCUGUAUGUGCAGUGUGUGGAUAUAAAACGAAAUGGUUUUCUGAAAUGAAACGACACAUGCGAGUACAUACAGACGAGAAACCGUUUGAGUGUCCGUUUUGUGAAUAUAAAUGUAGAUGGAAAGGUGAUUUAACAAGACAUGUUCAGAAAAGACAUGAUGAUAUAACUAUACAAAAUAGUGAAAUUCAUUCAAAAUCAUUUAUUAAAUCUCCUGAAGAUGAUAAUGCAAUAUUACCAUUGAAACAUAAACGAGCUUGUGUUAUUAGAAAUGAAAAAAUGAGAAAGUAUUUAAAAAAGUCAGAUGAUCAGGACUGUCCACUGGAUCUUAGUGUUGAUCGAAAUAUGGCUUUAUCAUCUCGAUAUCAAAAUGAUUUUCCAUUUUUUGAAGGAAGUCACUUCUAUAAAAAUGAUAAAAAUUUACAAAUGGCCAAUGAUCAAUAUUUUGAAUCAUCAAAAUUAUCAAGAAGUUCUUCUGCAAAUUCUAAAAAUUCAUUCAUGAUACAGUCAUCAUCAAAAUCAUUCUCCUGUGUUUUUUGUGACUUUACUACAACAAAUGAAUUUAGUUUUAAAGUCCAUAACACAAGACAUUUUACUAAAUAUCCGUUUAUGUGCUCCACCUGUUCUUUUAGAUCUAAUUGGCAAAUGAAAAUUGUAAAACACAUCAAAUUAAAACAGCAUGUUAGUCGAGAUCAUGAUAAUGCUAGAGUAUUAUUGAUAGACUCAAAAGGAGAUAUCAGUGAAUGUUUUAGUGAUAAUGGUGAGGAUCUGGACGAUGGUUCUUUCACUAAACAGGAUGAUGACAAAUUAUCAGAGGAGCAUAUAUUGUUUGAUGAAUUUGAUAGAAAUAAACAAAACAUAUCUGAUAGAACAUUCAAGAUUCCAUUUAUGAUGAAAGAAUCUUCCAAAUCAUACUUCUGUAGAUAUUGUAAAUAUAAAGAUAAAGAAAGAAGGAAUGUACUUGCACACAUGUGUGAACAUACUGGACAGAAACCUUAUAGAUGUCGUAUUUGUGGCUUUUGUUCAUUAUGGCUUAAUGUUUUAAAAAGACAUGUUAGAAGGCGCCAUAAAGGUCGACUUUCUGACAUAGAAGAAGGUUUCAAAAUUAUUGAAAAGAAUCGUGUAAUUAGUGUUGUUGGAUCAACUGUACUUAGAAUUUCAAAAUCAGAAAAUUCAAAAAUCACAACUUUGUGUUCCUGCAAGAUCUGUCCCUACAAAUGUAUGGGGCAAAAUGUACUGGAAAAUCACAUGAAGCAUCAUAAUUCUGUGGGGACUGCUAGCUAUAAGUGUAGAUUUUGUCCAUAUUACUGCAAAUUUAAAGAUACUUUAGUCAAGCACCUAAAUGUGCAUGGCAUGAGUGUAUCAAAUGCUACCAAGAUAAUUUCUCAAUGUAAACUUUCUCAAUUGGAAGGAUCCACACAUGAGAAGUAUAGAUGCUCAUAUUGCCCUUACAGAACCGAUAGUACAACAACUUACCUCUAUCACAAACAGUGUCAUCGUCCAAAUAGAAGUGCACCUUUUAAAUGUAAACAUUGUUCAUUUUGGGCCACUCACAAAGCUGUUUUGGAUGAUCACAUUAGUUUACAUUCCAGACAUUCACGUGAUCGUAAGAGUUCUAGUAGAAGUCAAUUUCCUUCAAUGCCAAUUCCCAUUGAAGUUAAACAAAAUGGUAAAAUUAUCAAAGUAUAUAGAUGUCGCUUCUGCCCUAUGAUGGGUGACAAUUUAGAUACUGUGUACAAACAUGAAUUAUUACAUUCACGCAGUUCAAAAAUGUAUAAGUGUAAUAUCUGCAAGAAAAUCUGUGAAAGUGAAAAGCAUUUGACUGCACAUUUAAAAUCUCACACAUCCCCUAUUCAGAAUGAUUUACUGAGAUACGGAAGUGAUUCUGAUGGAAAUUAUUUCAAAAGUUCUCUAAAUAAUUCCAUCAUUCAACAUUCAGAAGACAACAAUAAAUUUAAUUAUUUUUGUACCAAAUGCCCGGCUGCAUUUGUCAAUAAAAGUGAUUAUGCAAUACACAGAGAAAUCCACCAAAAUACAGGAAAUUCAAUGCACAUCACUGAUUAUCGUGGUUUUGACAAUGAAAAAUAUUCUCAAAAUUAUGGUUCUGAACAUUCUAGACAUAAGAACCAAGGUUUUGGUAUGAUUGAGAGAGACAAUUUAGUGGAACAUCAUAAUUAUGAUGCUGGAAAGGGAGCUGAAAAGGAUAAAACUGAGAUAGUUGAGCAAACAGUGGAAAAUACUGGAUUUGAACAAAUGCUCUUGUUAGAGGAAGCAGAAACAAAAUCUUUUGUAAAUGGAAACAAUACUAGCAUUCUACCACAGAAACUUCAUAAUUGUUUUCAGUGUCCAGCUGCCUUUUGUAAGCCUGCCAUUCUUGCAUUUCAUACUUCAUUACAUGGAACUCAAGGUAAAUAUGUAUGUCCAGAAUGCAAUUAUGCUACUGAUUCAAAGAACAAUGUUAUUGCCCAUUAUCAGCUACAUGUUAAGCCAAAAUCAGCCAGCAAGAGCAGUUUGCGACUAUAUGAAUGUACCAAAUGCCCUGCAAAAUUUCAAAAACCCAAAGGUUUGCGCAAACAUUUUUCUUUGCACGGUCAGAAAAAUAAAUUUACUUGCGAAAUUUGUGAUUAUUCUGUACCUUGUGCUGUCAACUUAUUUAGACAUAAAGUUGUUCAUGUUAAUGUUAACAGCAACAACAACAACACCAGUAACAAUAAUAACAACAGUAGUAAUAAUAUUAACAAUAAUAACAGCAAUAACAAUAACCAGAUAGAGCAUAAUUAUGUACAAGAACAACCAGUGGAAAACACUGAGCAAAUAACUGAAAGUCCAGAUCAGAUUUCAAACCAGAAAGAGUCUGUGGAACAAAAGAAAUCUCCAAAAUCCGAACGUGUGGAAGACAAGCGUUAUUUCUCUUGCACUUUCUGUCCAUAUGUCCAUCCUAGGAAAUUUGCCGUGCAGAAUCAUAUGCGUCGACAUGCUAGCACCGAAGGUUUACAAUGUCCUCAUUGCAAUUAUAGGUCAUUGCAAGCUUCGGUGUUAAGAGACCAUUUGAAGUGGCAUUUCCAAGCCCAGUUUGUCUUCAGCCCUCAGGCAUUUAUGAAGUUUGAUGAUAUGGAAGUUUGGUUGGUUAAUGGCAAAGAAAAUGAGAAUGAAUUGAUUUUUAAAGAUCACGGGCAAAAUUCAAAGAAUAAAGAAGGUCGUUUCUUUUCUGCCAUAAGCGAAAAUUACAUUGAAAAUGAAGAAAGGAAACCUUUACCAUUUGUAGAUACAAAGAGUAUAGAGAAAAUGGUCGAAGAAGAAUUGAAUCUGAUAGUCGAGGACAAUAAAGACGAUGAUGAAAGAAAGGAUGACGACUACGACGACCAAAGGAAAGACGACGAUAACGACGACCAGAGGAAAGACGACGAUGACGAACAAAGGAAGAACGAGGACGAUGACGACGACGACGACGACGAAAAGAAGGAAGAUUCAGAAUAUAUGGAAGAAAUAGAAAAAUUGAAGCAGUUGGCCAUGAAACAAGAAGUAAAAAUUGUGCUGAUGGACGUACUUUCGCAAGAUAAAAAUAAGAGUGAAACUUUAGAAGUGCAAGAUAAUACGGAAACAACAAUAGGAAGUAAUCAGUGCAGUCAGAAGAGCAACGAAGAAUCAAAAGAAACAAAGGAGAAACCGAAAGAAAAUACCAUACAACAUUGUGAAGAAUCCAACAGUUCGGACAGUACUGUUGUUAUCGAAACUCCUUUAGAAAAUACCGAAACAAAUGUAGACAACAACAAUGUGUCAACAUCAGAAACAGCGGUAACCAAAGAAAAAGUAGUAACUUUUGAAGAAGUUCCUGAAGUUACAACCACCAUAGAGCAGCAAGCACCCGAAGUGGAAGAAACUAAUACGUUGGUUAUAAAAGAGAACGAAAUUGUAGAAACGAACUACGUGGAGAGAACGGCACCAACAAUUUGCGAGUACACGAAUACCAUAGUAGGCGAAGAAGAAAAUUUGCACACUCACCUCUAUGGUAAUGACGUGAUGAUGGUGAGGUUCGAUGACGAUUAUCUACCAUCGGAAUCGGGUAUAACGGAAGUGAUUGAAGUAGAACAAGCACCCGUUCAAGACGUGGAUCUAUCAUUAGAUGCCGCCAUUGUGGAUAAAGAAGGGAUCAUGGAAGGGGACAUGAAUGCCAUGUUUUCCGACGACGUUCAGGUUGUUGAAGUGGUAGCAGAGAACGAAGACAGUCUGAAUGAUUUUUCGGCGGAACUUAAAAACGAACCGGAUAGAAACUCAAACGACUUGAUGGUUUCGUGUCAUCCCAACAACUUUACAACGGACUGCGAACCUACUUCUAUUGCAGAAGUCGAAAUAAAAGUGUAAAAUUACCUCUAAAGUUUGUUAAAAAGACAUUUUUGCAGGUGUUUAUGUAUAUAAGAAGUCCAAGACUGCCAAUUAUAUAUUUAAAUGUAAAAUGUUCAAAUUUGUAAAGCGACAAUAUAGAGUUAUAUAGUUUCUCUGUGUUCAAUAUGUAUUGAUAAGAUUUUUAUUGAAAUCCACCACAUUGUUUGUGUCCUAUGGACAUAAUGUAUCAAAUAAUCGUUUAUAAUUAAUUUAUGUAUAAUGAUGCCAUGUAGGCAUUACGAAAAUUUUCAGUUAAUUUAAUGCUCUUGCAAAGCAAGAAACGCUUUGUGUAUGCAAUUUUUUUUUAAGUAAUUCUUAUUUGUCAGAAGCAAUUUGUACUUCUAGAUGUGUAAAUGAGACAAUAGAAAUUAUUUUGCACCAGAGUUUUGAGAGAUGUAGCGAUGUUUUAAUGUUUGAGAAUAAAACGUGUUUUGUAAUAAUUAAAAAUAUGUUGAA